AUGCCCUCUUUGACCCAGUUCUUUCUUCUCUCCCUUCCGAUCUUAGGGUCGGCUGCUGAUCUGGGUGUACCUCUUUCUUGGAUAAAAUUUUACAACGAGCGACCUCUAGAAGAGCGUCAGAAAAUAGCCCAGGCUGCAGUUGACAAUAUUAGACAAUAUCUUGAUAAGAAGACCUACGAGUUUAACGGACUUGGAUAUUGGGUUUCAGCUAACACAUACAGCGCGAUAGCUCUUAAAGACAAGAUCACUGGUACAGAAACAAACCGAAAACUUGUUUCCGCCGCGCUCAAGAGUAAUUUUGAGAACCACCCUCAUUUUUACAAAUACGACUUUAAUGAUGACGCACUGUGGUGGGGCACAGCCAGUAUUUAUGCUUAUCAGGCAUAUAAUGAUACUAUGUUCCUCAACUAUGCUAUCGACAACUGGAAUGAGGCGUCUAAAUAUCAGAUCACUCGUACACAAGCUCAAGCCGGCAAGCAUCCACUUAAGAAAGACACCAUCAGGGCAACAUGUGACGGCCAUAAUACUACGGCCGGUGGUGUUUUCUGGAAAACUGGUGCUGAUGAUAAAGAAAUGAAUACCAUCACAACCAGCCUUUACCUGACGCACGUAUGGUCACAGUUCUUCACAGCCAACCUAUUGACGACGGUCGAACAAUAG